AUGACUUACACGGCCUUGAUGAGAAUGAGGCAAGGGAGAGAGGAGUCGCUCAAAGGAUUCAUGGAAAGGUUUAAUCGAACGGCUCGACAAGUGCGAAACGUUGAUCAGAGGUUGAUAGUCAGUGCCUUAACUUCUGCUUUAAGGCCCGGACCAUUUGUGGAUUACCUAUACACUGAAGAGCUACAAACUAUGGCUGAAUUACAACAUAAGCUGACAAGUUUUAUUCGAAUAGAAGAAGGAAGAGCUUAUCACAAAGCGCAAGAAAGUGAACCGAGAGGUCAGGUACAGAGGGAGAACAUAAAUCGGAGGGUGCAUAGAAUGGAAGAGGGACCGAAUGGGCAGAGAAGAAUGGACCAAUCCCGGAUCCUGCAGCAUACUCACCACACACCACUUAACGCUCCCCGAGUUAGAGUGAUGGAAGAAGCAUUGAGACUUGAUUUGUUAAAGGUGGUUCGGGCUCCUACACCUUUGGGAGCUGAUGAGAAUAAAUAUUGUAGAUACCAUCAAAAUAGAGGACAUACCACUGAAGAUUGCAACACUUUGAAAGAUAAAUUGGAAAGUCUGGUUCAAGCUGGACAUUUGCAGAAAUUUGUACGGCGACAUCAAACGCGAGCGCCGAACGUGAACACCAACAAAAAAGAUAGAAGAAGUAGACAUGAUCGGAGUAGAAGUAGGAGUCGAAGCAGAGAAAGAGUGGUCAGGGGGGUUAUAAAUACCAUUUCUGGUGGAUUCGCAGGAGGAGGUCCAUCGGUAUCUGCUCGUAAAAGACAUUUAAGAAGUUUGCAUCAUGUGAAUCAAGUAGGGGUAGACCGGAAAUCAAUGCAUGUGAUUUCCUUCUCAGAUGAAGAUUUUCAUGCUCCAGAUCCUGAUCAAGAUGAUCCAAUGGUGAUAGUAGCUAUGAUUGCCCGAUAUCAGGUGGGAAAGGUCUUAAUUGACCAAGGAAGCUCGGCCAACAUUUUAUAUUGGAAGACCUUCCAACAGAUGGAUAUACCGGAGGGAGCUAUUCGACCCUUUCAUGAACAGAUUGUAGGCUUCGUGGGAGAGCGGGUAGAUACCAGAGGUUACGUUGAACUCAAAGUAAGCUUGGGACUAGAGAAAGAUGCUAAAGAACUUCAAGUUCGUUUUCUAUUGGUGGAGGCAGACACCUCAUAUAAUGCGCUUUUGGGUCGACCUUGUUUGAACGCCUUUGGAGCAAUUAUCUCAACUCCACAUUUAGUCUUGAAAUACCCUGCCGAUAGGGGAAGGGUAUGCACUGUUCGCGCUAAUUAG